GAAUUAUUAGAGAUUAAAUAAAAGAAAUAAAAUUUUACGAAAAAUUGGUUGAUAAGGAGAAAAGUUGAACCAAACCAGUUUGGUGCCCGGUUGGGGGUUUAAUAACACUACCUGGGGCAACUUUCUGGGUGUUCAAACCAAACCCCAAAUUGGAAGAAGAAUCGGAGCAAAUUGGAAGAAAUGGGCCAAAACACAGGCGCCAAAGGUAAGCGCAAGAGGGAAGAGAUUGUGAAAGAGGAGGAGAAAAAAGACGAAGACGAUCGGGAAGAGCAGGACGUCUUGUCCGUCCAUUCCCCUUGCAAAUCUCUGCCUUCAUCUCUCUCCAAGGAGCAACUGGAGGUGGAAUUGGAGCUGAAGGUUUUGGAAGCUCUUGAAAUCUAUCAUCCUGCGAAAUUACAAGGAAAAUCUUCUUCCCAUUUUGUGCUCUAAUUUUCCAUGUUUUUUUGGUUAUGUUAAAUCUAAGUGUAUGUUAAGUUUAUGUAGAAUUGAGUGAAAUCCUAUGUUUAAAUUUCAGGAAGUUUGUUUCAAAUCAUCAUAUCCAAACAUGCCAUGAUAUUGAUUGUUUUUUUAAGGAUGAAAUUAAUAGUUUUGUGAGCCCUUAUGUUUCCAAGUUGAAAAAAAAUCGGGAUGAUUUUUUUCCCUAUGAAACUGAAGACAAAGGAUAGAAAAGCCCCUUAGUUUUGGCAAAUUUUGAAUACUCGUCAAUUCUGUAUAGAUGCUAAUUUUUCCAUGAGUUUGGAAUUUGAUGAAGAUCCUAGCUAUUCUGGCUAUAUUGAUUUGCCAUUGUUUCUUCACCUUUUUGGGGACAACAUUUUAUUUUGUUUACAUUAAAAACAUCAAACAGCUCACACAAACAUCUCAUCUCAUCAAACUGUUUUACCUAAACAACUAUCCCAAACCACUUACACAAACAUCUGACAACUAACACAUGCAUGCCAAACACCAAAGUUUUCUCCUACAAAUCACAUUUUCCUUCUUUCGGUGGGAUGCUGAGGUGGAUUUGGUGUUUCUUGCAGGAAUCCAUCGUCACUUUGUCCUCUAUGGCUUAGCAGAAUAUCUUAGACGACGUUUUAAUAAGCACUUCAGUGCUGAUGAAGUUCUGAAGCUGUUGGAUCGCUUCUACAACUUGGAAAUGCUGGUUUGUAAAAACAAUGAUAUAAUCUUUAGUUUUUUGGAAAGAACCUCUCUACUUCCAAGUAGGGGUAAGGAGAGUGUGCUCACAACAUUCGGUAGUAACUUUAUGUUAUGGUGCACAUUCAGAGUUCUACUAGAAAAGUCCCUGUUUGGUGGAAAAACUCUUUUGCUUAUAAGCAAAAUUUUCUACUAAACAAUAACUAUUGUGAUUGAGCUGCCUGAGUUGUCCAUGAUGGGAAAAACAGUGCAUAGAAUACUUUUACUGAAAUGAGAGGAAAUGGACACUCUUUCCCUGAUGCUUUGGAUAAUGAAUUUUCAUAAAGUUAUCAAUAAUGCUCUAUACUUUUUAAAGUUUCUUUAUAUAUGCAUAGUCUAGUCAUUUAAACCACAUUUAGAGCAACCUAAGUCAUUCCCGCCAAAUAUAACCCUUACUAUCUCACCCAAUGUUCUGCUAAAAUCAUUGGCAUUUGUAUGGUUCAAGUUUGUGCAUCAAUACGUCCAAAUUUUCUUUUAAGUAUCUUUGAUGCUUGCUUUUUGCGUGUGGAUAAAUUUAGGAGCCAGAUGAUGACACCGAAAUUCUGAACCAGGAGGAAGAUUUUUGUCUCCCGUCGAGUUUUUUCUCCAAGGAAGAAUCUUAACAGGCAAAAAUGGGAGGUGUGAAGUCAUAUAGGCGAAUAUGGUAGCAUCAAAUUUUUAUCUUUUGUUUUCUGGAAAAUGCUACUUUAAACCCAAGUGUGAUACUAAGGUCGACACUACUAAAAACAAUCACAUACAAGCAGUCCAUGUCUAUGAGACAGUCAUUGUUUGUGAGACAUUGAUGAUGUCAACCUUGGUGCCAUCUUUGGUGUGACUAUAUCAUAACCCUUGUUUUUCAGGAUGGUUACUUUCAUAGUAUCAUACUGUUUUCUAGAUGUAUAUAUUGAAGUAUCGGUUUGCAGAGUCAGAUGUCAAGUAAGUAAAUCAUAUUGUUAACU